UCUCCUGAUGGUUUUGUUGAAUUAAAUUUAAAUGCUCCACAAGAUGAGCCAUUUACUGGAUGGAGUAUCAAACCUCACAUAAAACCUUGCAGGUUAUAUCAAGAGGACAUUUACAAUUUUGGUGACAAAGAUUAUUCUCUUCCUCCAUCUUGUCUCAUAUCGGUCUAUUCAUCACCUGAUGCUGUUCCUACAUUACACUACUCUGUACCAGUAGAGGGUGUGGCUGAUCCUGUUACAUUUUAUAUUCAGAUGUCACAAAGAACAGCUCAUCAUACUGCAGUUGCUGCUAAUGCAGCCAGUGGCAAUGAUGAAACUAUUCCAGUACUAACUAAAAGAAGAAGAGAAGGAGGUUUUGAUAUUAAAACAGCUAAACAGAAGAUCAAACAAGUUAUGAUUGAGAAUCACACUGAUUUUGCUGGACUCCUCCAAUUUUCUCUGGUCCAUGUUGCUAACAAACUAUUCGAGGUUCAUAUGAUUCCUCCUGAGGUUCAAAAGUCACCAACUUAUGAUGCCAUAGUCACCUGUUUUCUAUCUAUGAUGAAUAUAUUGGACUCUAAGUCUGAUCUUGAGGAACAUUGUAUGACAUUUUUAGAGGCUCUGUCUAGUGUUGGGGGACCAAUAGAACGUGUUGCUAAACGCUUGCGGGAAAAAUGGACAACAGCUCUGGAGGGUGCACUUCAGUUUGAACAGUCUGUGAAAAGAGUUAGAACUAAUGAUCAAUGAUGUUGCACUUAAAUGAUUUUAAUUUUUAGCUAAUGUUAUUUUCUAUUUUAAAAUGUUGUAUUUAUGUAAUGUUCCACUCUUCUGGUUCUUUCCUUUCA